AUGGCCGAAGAAACUAGCUGCUUCACAUGGACGAAGCUCAACUCUACCAUCUACAGAAUCAUGCAGAACGACAAGAUGGGCGACGAGCCGUUCAUCUACGUCAAGGUGUACCCCACACUUCUUUUGAUUGUCGACACCGGCAGCGGUCCCGACUUUGCCAAGGACACCACCGUGACUGAGAAGUCGAUCCGGAGCUUUAUCGAGAAGCACCUUGCGGCCGAGGGUCGUCUGUUGACGGCCGACGGAGAAAAGAAGCAGUAUCUGAUUUUCAUCACGCAUACGCACUACGAUCAUAUCGGCGGAAUGUUUGAGUUCCCCGAAGCUGACAUCUUUGUGUCUGGAAACUCGCAGGAGUACGUUCUCAAGGAUCUCGGCUGCAACUCGCUCUGCUGCGCGGUGUCGAUGCCAACGCCCAAGUUCGAGGUCCACCAUUGGCUCGAGCAGAACGAGAAGUUGGUGUACAAGGGAAUUGAUCUCAAGAUCGAGGCUUUGCUUACCCCGGGCCACACGCCGGACGAGAUCGCGCUCUACGAUGAGGAGGAGAAGGUGUUCUUCUCGGGUGACUCCGUGUACGAGAAGGUGCCAAUCUACAUGAUUGAGACCUCGAACAUGGCCGAUUUUGGCAAGUCGCUUGAUUUUAUGCUGGAGUAUGUCCAGAAGAAGAACGCCGAGCUUUCCGGAACAAGGAUCACGACUGCCGCUGGCCAUGUCACUGACAGUGCCGAUACCGAGACUUUGCUGGUUGAGCUGAAGGAGUGCUUUUACGACAUGUUGAAGGGCAAGUGCAAGCUCACCAAGCAAGAGAACAUGCGUGGGAAGAACGUGCUUACGUUUAUGAACGAGACCAAGAAUGUGGGGUAUCUGAUCAUCGACGCGAAGUUGAAGGAGGGAUUGAAGCAUUUCGGAUAUGAGAUGGAGCUGCCUGAGCCAUUGGCUGCGGACGCGCCUGCAAAGACGUUUGAGUAA